CUAGCUCUCACAGCUAUCAUACUACCAACAGUCACGGAGACCAUAACAACAAUGGCAAAGUGGAGCAUCGUCGCCCUCGCCCUGAUCGGCUGUGCCGUCGCCGAGCCUCCGGUUGGCUACAGCUACUCUGCGCCUUCCGCUCUCGUCUACUCGAGCAGCAGCCACGGCUCCCCGCUCAGCAGCGGCGGCCACUACACCUCCGUGCCCGUCGGACACCAAGACACCGAAGGCUACCACAUUGACCCCCAUCUACUUGGCAAGAUCAAGCACAUCAUCCUUAAGGACGAGAUCCAGAACCAAGCGUACCAGAGCGCCUCCUCUGGCCACGGAAUCUCCGGCCACGGCUUGUCCUCUCACUACGGCGCCCCUGCCCCAGUCUACGGUGUGCCCUACGAGAGGAUCGUCGGCAUCGAACUCGACCACAUCCAGCAGGGCAUUCAGGUCGCUCAGUACCACCAGGCCCAAGAAGACUACUCCGGUGGCUACGCCGGCGGCUACUCUGGCGGUUACUCUAGCGGCGGUUACUCCAGCGGCGGCUACUCCAGCGGCGGGCACGGCUACAGCGGUGGCUCCCUCUCAUACUCCGCCCCCUCGGUCUCCUACACCACCAUCGGAGCUCCCUCCGGCUCCUACGGGGUCCCCUCACCCUCUUCCUCCUACGGCGCGCCUCACCAUUAAACGAAACGAAACACUAUAUAGUCAUCUCAUUUCAUUCAUUGUAAUGUUAUGAUAAAUCAUGUGAUCGCACCCUAGAAGUAAACUUGUAUUAUAUUUGUUGUUAAUGUAAGUUUCUGUAAAUAAAACUACUUUUUUGUAUAAA